UUCAACAAACGAUCAAAGUCAUUUAUUAUCUGGUGCUUCAUUAGAAAAAAUUGGUGAUGGAGGAUCAAGUGACAGAUUACGUGAUGCUAAAAACGAACCUUCAUUUUGUUCUAUUAGCCCUUCUUGA